GAGUCAAGUGCUACUGCAAAUUCUAAUGGACAUCAUAAGUCUCUGCCUUCAAACGUUGCUGACCCGCGCAGCGUGCUGAUAGAACCUGAAAUUAAAUGGAGAGACAGGCAAGAUAUGCUGGAAAGUCAUGGAUACAUUCUUCGACCAAGGUUUCGUCGUGAAUGGACUCCGUCAUGGAAGAAACCAGGAAAUCGUAAACAUGCAGUCUUCUCAGAAGACUCGUACCAGCAUGCACGUAGUAAUGUGAUCGAUGCAAUUCGGCAAAGCGAUGGUCGACGUGUUUUCCUAAAGAUCGUGCGCGGAGACGGUUUUGAGCAGAGGCUAUCAAGGAUGCUCGGUUCUGAAGAGAAGCUUAGGGAUCCACAAAAUCACUGCGUCCCAAUCCUUGAUUUCUUUCUCGAUGGCAGAGACGGAUAUCUUGUCAUGCCUUUGCUGAUACGUUUCGACAGGCCACCAUUCUUCUCAGUUGAUGAAGUGUUGGAUUUCAUGCGCCAGACUCUUGAGGGUAUUUCAUAUCUUCAUAGCCAAAACGUUGCUCACAGGGACUGCUCGUACCUUAAUAUUAUGAUGGAUGGUACAAAUAUUUAUCCAAACGGAUUCCAUCCCACGUUUGCAAUGUACACGUUGGAUGGAUUAGGGCCUGCCAAUCCUCAGCGCCGCCGAGACGUGUCUCAUGUUAAAUACUACUUCACGGACUUUGGAAUCUCAUCAGAUUUUAAUCCUCAAGACAAUACACGCCUCGUCACUGGUGUAAAUGGACAAGACCGGGAUGUUCCAGAGUUGUCAAGAACCGUUCCUUAUGACCCGUUUGCAGUCGAUGUUUUCAUUUUGGGAAAUUUGUAUUGCAAACAGUUUUUGAAGAAAUACACAAACCUCGGUUUCCUCACGCCUUUGGUGGAUGCUAUGACUCGUAAGGACCCGAAAUCGCGUCCAACCAUAGAUGAAGCCAUGGAAUUAUUCGAAAACAUUAUCUCUCGUCAACGGAAGUACACCCUUACUUGGAGACUGAAGCCUGCAACGGAUGGAAGAUUGAAACACUUCAUCAAAGAUGUUGGAUGGAUUUCGCGUGAAGGCUUCCUAGCGAUCCGGAAUACAUUAGGUUUCAGAUAGUCACUGCUGCUCAGCUUUGCUAGUUCACUAUAUUUGUAGUAUAAUC